AUGGCCCCGUUUGGUGGUGAAGACAGUGAUUUAGACGAUUAUGAGCUGGAUUCUUUGAGUCGUCAAGGGGUGAAUCGUGUCGUUAAGGAAACGGUUACCAAAAAGAACAUCCCAGUACAACGGGAUCUUUUGGGUCAAAUUUUGCCGGGACAAAAUUCUUACUAUGAGGAAAUAAAACGAGAUGUUACUUUUAGACCUACCCAUCAUGCUUUAAAUGAAAAAAAUCUGUCUCAUUAUGUAUAUCCCACGAAUUAUGAAGUGAGAGACUAUCAAUACGACAUUGUGAAAAAGGCAUUAUUCCAAAAUGUGUUAUGUGCAAUUCCUACAGGUAUGGGUAAAACUUUUAUUGCAAGUACAGUCAUGUUGAAUUUUUUUCUAUGGACUAUUAGAGGGAAAAUUAUAUUUAUGGCGCCUACCAGGCCCUUAGUGGCACAACAGAUCAAGGCAUGUCUCGGUAUGACUGGUAUUCCCCAUGAUCAGACUGCAAUUCUAUUGGAUAAGAGUCGUAAGAAUCGUGAAGAAAUUUGGGAUACGAAGAGAGUUUUCUUUACGACUCCACAAGUAGUGGAAAACGAUUUGAAAAGAGGUGCCUUAAACCCUAAAGAUAUCGUUUGUCUUGUGAUAGAUGAGGCUCAUAGAGCAACUGGAUCUUAUGCAUACACAAAUGUGGUUAAAUUCAUUGAUAGGUUUAGUACUUCUUAUCGACUAUUAGCAUUGACAGCUACUCCGGGUACAGAUUUGGAAAGUGUACAAGAAGUGAUUAAAAAUUUGGAUAUAUCUAAGGUUGAAAUACGAACUGAGGAAAGUAUGGACAUUGUUAAAUAUAUGAAGAGAAGAAUUCAGGAGAAGAUUCAAGUGGAGCCCUUGUUUGAAAUGCUAGAGAUUGUUGAACAGUUAGGAAUUGCGAUUCUACCAGUUUUACGGCAGGCGGUAGAGUUAGGGAUAUAUGAGAAUUGUGAUCCCGCGCAGAUAAAUGCUUUCAAGGCAAUGCAACAGAGUCAAAAGAUUGUUGCCAAUCCAAAUAUUCCUGAAGGUAUCAAAUGGAGGAAUUUUUUCAUCUUACAAUUGCUGAAUCAUGUGGGGCAAAUGCUCAAGCGAAUUAACAUUUAUGGCAUAAGAACUUUUUACAAUUAUUUCAGUGAUAAGUCUUUGGAAUUUACUACAAAGUAUGGGAUGGGAAAAUCUUCCAAUAAAACGGCGGCAGAAUUUUAUUACCAUCCAAUCUUGAAAAAUAUGACUACGCAAUGUGAAAACCUGUUGGCUGAUCCUAAAUUUUUAGGCCAUGGUAAGUUAAGACAUGUCAGAGAUGAAUUAGUUGAUUUUUUUGCUAGAGGUAAAUCUGAUUCAAGAGUUAUCAUUUUCACAGAAUUGAGAGAGAGUGCUUUAGAGAUUGUUAGAUGUGUAGAUGCUAUGGACUAUCGGCACAUCGUACCUCACAUAUUUAUAGGGCAGGCAAAAGGUAAAGAGGGAUUCGAUGAAGUUUCCUUUACUCGUAACAAUAAGGCAAAAGGACGUAAGAAAGUGGAUAGAUUAAAACGGCAAGAGGAAGAUCAACAAAUUGAGGAGGAAAAGAAAAAAAGGAAGAAACAGGAGGCAUUGGAAAGAGUAUCAAGAAGAACGGGUAGUUCAGAGGAAGCUCAAGCAAACGGUAUGACGCAAAAGCAACAGAAGGAAGUGAUACAAAAAUUUAAAGACGGUGAAUAUAAUGUUCUUGUCUGUACAUCUAUUGGUGAGGAAGGGUUAGAUAUUGGAGAGGUCGAUUUAAUCAUAUGUUAUGAUACGACAAGUAGUCCAAUUAAGAAUAUACAAAGGAUGGGGAGAACUGGUAGGAAAAGAGAUGGUAGAAUCAUUCUCCUGUUUAGCAGUAACGAAUCCAAUAAAUUCGACCAAGCAAUGAAAGAUUACGCUAAUUUGCAAAAAGUUAUAACGCAAAAUAUUUUAGAAUACCAAAAAUCGGAUAGAAUUAUACCAGCAGAUGUUGAUCCACAGUGCCGUGAACAAUUCAUUACUAUUAGUGAAGAGGAUCAAGAGGUUAACGAUAUGGAUGAUUCUGAAGAAGUUAUACGGUUUGCUACAGAUUGUAUGUUGGGUAAACAACGGAAAUCUAAGCGUAACGCAAAAGUGGGACAACCCAAAAAGCAGAAGCGGUUUUUCAUGCCUGAUGAGGUUGAAACAGGUAUUAUCACUGCUGAUAAGCUCGUGCGUAAGGUGAAAAAGCCUAAAAAGGAAUUACCGCUAUUGGAUAAUUUGGAAAAUGAUUCAUUAGAGUUGUCAUCACCUGUAAAAUCUGAGUUCGAGGGUUCACAGGCGACAAUGCCAACAAUUACAGACGCUCAGUUGAAACCAACCGAUCCGCUACCAUUACCUGAUUCUCCUCCAUCAAUUAAACGGGAAAGAUCACCUAGUCAAGAUGCACGAGUACCGUCAUUCUCACCCGAUAGGCCAGUAACCUCAAACUUAAAUUUGGGACCGCCUCCACCCGUGAAGGUCAAAGCUGAGCCUUUUUCUCCUGAGCAAACUACCAGUGACUUGAUAGAUUUUGUCAGUGUGGGACAAAAAAUAGAUAGUGAUGAAAAUCGUCAUAGUUCGCCCCCAUUGAAUCGAAGGGGUCAAGACAAGAUCUUCGAUGAUUUUUCCAAUAAUAAUGGUGGACUUCUUACCCCACAGGAAAGGGAAUAUUUCCAAAGAAACUACUCAGUCAACGAUACCGUUGCCAUAGACACGUUACCGGACUUUUCUCAGUACACCAAAACUGCACAUAUUCCACAUAGUACACGCAAUCAGGGGUUCCUCAAUUUGUUUCAAGACAUGAAGAGGAACGAAAAGGCAAGAAUCAUUGAGAUGAAUCGUACAAGAUGUAUUGCCAGAGGGCUUCAAAAUGGAGUUUUGAACCAGGCGAAGGAACUCGUUGAUCCUAAUCAACAUGCCGUACUUCAGAAUAAUGGAAUACAACCGUUAUCUCGAGAAGGCACGCGACUAGAAGAUUUGGAUGAAAUUUUGGGUUCAGAUUCAGAUUUUUAA